UUUCGCAUGCUUAUCUUUGACUCGUUUUGAAAUUGGUGUUCGAUCAAUUCGGUCUAUUCUCCGCCGUCAGCACGUCUUUUAUCGUAGCGAUGGAGUCGAAUCUCAGUCCUGGCCCUAGCAACACCACAAAUACCCUUCUCACGCAGCUCCUACAAAUUGGACUCGGAAACCUCGCCAAGGCGGGCUUGACUCCAGCAGCGCCGGCAUCUACGUGGUCACCGUCCACGCCGAAUAUAAGGAUCCAAACGAUCGCCUACGCAAGCUUGUCCAUGAGUUUGCUCGCUGCAUUCGGCGCCGCACUAUGCAAGCAGUGGCUUGGGUACUGCAAGUCGAACAAAUAUGGCCGCGGCUCGCCUGAGAAACGCGGGAAGCGCAAUUUGAAGGCAUCAUCACUUGAUAUUCUGAUGCCGUCGUGCAAUCCUUUCCGAUCUUCCUUUAGAUCUCGCUUCUUCUCUUUGGGAUCGCCCUCAGCGCCAACAUGUGGUAUGAGCAGCAUAGCAUCAUCGGAACAACGGUCUUCGGAUUUUUGUUCUAUUCGCUGACUGAUGGCAUCUUUGAUAUCUCCCCCCUGUCCAUUUCAAACGCCGAUAUCGACAAUGUUGCGCAUGUUGCGCAUUGACAGAGUCCUACUCCUGAUGUUCAAACCAGCAUCCGGGUAUUUCCAGCAGCUGACAACAUC